UUGUCGCGCGCAUGCGCGUUCGUUCUUGCGCGCAUCAGAUGAAAGAAUUCAGGAAAGUUCAGUCGCGCUUCAGUAACAAUACUCCGUUGAAUGAGUCCUUUACUUUCAGACGUCGUGUUCGGACUUUUCUGAAUCUCGGUUCUGCUGGAUAAACUCAGAAAUGGCAGACAAAGAAGUGUAUGAUGAUGCCGUAGAGGAGCGGGUAAUAAAUGAAGAAUACAAAAUAUGGAAGAAAAACACGCCUUUUCUCUACGACCUGGUCAUGACACAUGCGCUCGAAUGGCCAAGUUUAACGGUGCAGUGGUUGCCUGAUGUGAGCAGGCAGGAGGGAAAGGAUUAUGCAGUUCACAGACUGGUGCUGGGAACACACACUUCAGAUGAGCAGAACCACCUGGUCAUUGCCAGUGUUCAGAUUCCCAAUGAUGAUGCUCAGUUCGAUGCUUCUCACUACGACAGCGAAAAAGGAGAGUUUGGCGGAUUUGGGUCUGUGAGCGGAAAGAUUGAGAUCGAGAUCAAGAUCAAUCAUGAGGGUGAGGUGAACCGGGCGAGGUACAUGCCACAGAACCCCUGCAUAAUUGCCACCAAGACUCCUACAUCUGAUGUGCUAGUCUUUGACUACACUAAACACCCAUCCAAACCAGACCCUAGCGGUGAGUGCAGUCCAGACCUGAGACUGAGAGGUCAUCAGAAGGAAGGAUACGGUCUUUCCUGGAACCCCAACCUGAGCGGAAACUUGCUCAGUGCAUCAGACGAUCAUACAAUCUGUUUAUGGGAUAUCAGUGGAUCUCCUAAGGAAGGAAAGAUUAUAGAUGCCAAGACCAUCUUCACAGGCCACACUGCAGUAGUGGAGGACGUGUCCUGGCACCUUCUGCACGAGUCGCUUUUCGGCUCUGUUGCCGACGACCAGAAACUUAUGAUCUGGGACACAAGAUCCAACAACACGGCUAAGCCCAGUCACUCAGUGGACGCUCACACUGCUGAAGUCAACUGCUUGUCCUUUAAUCCCUACAGCGAGUUCAUCCUAGCCACCGGAUCUGCAGAUAAGACUGUGGCUUUGUGGGAUUUGCGCAACCUGAAGCUGAAGCUUCACUCCUUUGAGUCACACAAGGACGAAAUAUUCCAGGUUCAGUGGUCCCCUCAUAAUGAGACGAUCCUGGCCUCCAGUGGAACAGACAGGCGACUCAACGUCUGGGACCUGAGUAAAAUCGGAGAGGAACAGUCUGCUGAGGAUGCUGAAGAUGGACCUCCAGAACUGUUGUUUAUUCACGGCGGCCACACAGCGAAGAUUUCUGAUUUCUCCUGGAAUCCCAACGAGCCCUGGGUGAUCUGCUCUGUAUCCGAAGAUAACAUUAUGCAAGUUUGGCAAAUGGCCGAAAACAUCUACAAUGACGAGGAGCCAGACACUCCUGCCUCAGAGCUUGAGAGCCAGGCCUCAUAACAGCUUGAAACAUGUAAUAGCUGGUUCUUUUGUUACAAAUGUUCAUCCACUGAUGAUUCAGAUUAUUAAACAAAUGCAUUCAUGAACCUCAUUCAGAGGCCAAAAUACAAUUUAACCAGUUUCUCAACUGCUCUUUACUUUCUUGAUGUAUUACUCUGUCAAAUAUUUCCUAAAAAAGCAACAGUCAUGUCGGUUAGAUCACCGUGGGAGAAUGUUCUGAUGGAGAACAUUGAAAAUGCACUUGAAUGGAUUAUUGUUGUUGCUUUAUUUCCCCCAUGCAUGAGUGAAAGCAAGCAGUUUUCAUUCCUUUAUACUUUUUGUGCAUAAACCUGAUGUCAACUGCAAUAAACCUUUUGUAAUACC